CAUGGCGCCUGAGGAAAGCGCUGAGGCUGCAGCCCUGCUGCGAAGUUUCGAGCGCCGCUUCCUGGCGGCGCGCGCCCUGAGCUCUUUCCCCUGGCAGAGCCUAGAAGAGAAAUUAAGGGACUCGUCAGGUUCUGAGCUGCUGCUGGAUAUUUUGCAGAAGACCGUGAAGCAUCCUCUGUGCAUGAAGCAUCCACCGUCAGUGAAGUAUGCCUGGAGCUUUCUCUCAGAGCUCAUCAGAAAGCACGAGGCUAUCCACACGGAGCCUUUGGACAAGCUGUACGAGGCGUUGGCGGAGAUCCUGACGGCCAAGGAGCCCACCCGGUGCCACCGGAGCUACUUGCUGCCCUCUGGGGACUCUGUCACACUCUCCGAGAGCACGGCCAUCAUUUCCCAUGGCACCACGGGCCUGGUCACAUGGAACGCCGCGCUUUACCUGGCAGAGUGGGCCAUGGAGAACCCAGCGGGCUUUGCUCACAGGACUGUCUUAGAGCUUGGCAGUGGAGCCGGCCUCACGGGCCUGGCCAUUUGCAAGAUGUGCCGGCCCAGAGCAUACGUCUUCAGUGACUGUCACAGCCACGUCCUCGAGCAGCUCCAAGGGAACGUCCUUCUCAACGGCCUCUCAUUGGAGCCAAAUGUCACCGCCCUGGCCCAGCACCCAGGACAUGACACUGCCGAUACAGAGAGCCCCAGGGUGAUGGUGGCCCGGGUGGACUGGGACAUUGUGACGGUCCCUCAGCUUGCUGCCUUCCAGCCGGACAUCGUCAUUGCCACAGGUACCGCCCAGUUCAGGCCACUGGAGUGUAGCCUCCCUGAAGCCCCACCUGGCUUUCAGUGCUGGGAAGGUGAUGAUGUGCUAUAUUGCCCAGAAACUGUCCUCUCCCUGGUCGGGGUCCUGCAGAAGCUCUCUGCCUGCCAGAAGGACCAGCGGGCUCCUGACGCCUACGUUGCCUUCACCAUCCGCAACCCGGAGACAUGUCAGCUGUUCACCGUGGAGCUGGGCCGGGCUGGAAUCCCGUGGGAAGAAGUGCCUCGUCACGACCAGAAACUGUUUCCCUACGAAGAGCACUCGGAGAUGGCAAUUCUGAAACUAAUGCUGUAG